AAUGUCAUGUCUGACAGCUCGAAUAAAAAGAAACUUGAUCGCGUUGAACUUUGAUGCAGUGAAAUAAAUUAAAAUGACAGUACAACAACUGAGCUCUAAUAUUUCUGACGACUCUGAUGACAUGGUUAGUUUACCAUCGGAAGAAGAGAUUUACAGGCGUAAAUACCAACUGUUAUUGGAGCGAUGUGAGGUGUUACAGCAGGAUAACGAACGAAUUGUGAAUAGGAUACACGAGGCAAAGAAAAUAACAAAGCGUUACCGUAAAGAUAUUAAGCUCUUGGUGGAGCGUUUGGACAAGCAUGGAGAUGGGUUCAGAACCGCGUCAUUGGACGUGGAGAUGAAACCUGAUGUGGUGGUAAAGACUGCACGGGUGCCGUCUAAAGCGCAGCCAGCGCCCAAACAGACAGAGAAACAGAAUGCUGGUAGUGUUAAAAAGCCUGGACCUAAAAGAAAAAGCAAAGCUGACAAGCCAGAAAGAGAUCCAAAUGCACCUAAGAAGCCUUGUAAUGCAUUUUUCCAAUUCUGCCAAGAGCAGCGGCCAGUGGUAGUGGCAGAGACUAGCUCCGAGAUGGGGGGAGAGCCUACCAAGCAGGAAGUAACCAGGCAGCUAGCCUCAAGAUGGAGAGCACUAUCAACAGAAGACAAGAGGGUAUAUGUGGCUAUGUUCGAGAGAUCAAAAGAAAAAUAUGCAGAAGAGAUGUCAGCAUACAUAAAAAAAGAACAAUGACACACUGAUCCUCAUAGUUCUUAGAUCUCUUGUGAUUGUCAGCUUUAAGGUUAGGUUAAAAUUAAUUAUAAAUUAUUUAUA